AUGGUCCGAGUCAAGCCCUUCCGCGGCCUGCGCCCGCCUCCGGAAAUGGCCGCCGCCCUGUCCGCUCCCCCGUAUGACGUCAUCAACUCGGACGAGGCCCGCGAGCUCAUGAAGACUGCGGGGGAGACGUCGUUCCUUCGGGUGAACAAGCCGGAGGUGGACCUACCGCCGGAGAUCAACCAGUACGACGUCCAGGUCUACGAAAGGGGAAACCAGAACCUCAAGAAAUUCCUCGAGAACGGCUGGCUGGUUCCCGACAAGACGCCUUGCUUCUACGUCUACGCACAGAAGAUGGGGGAGCACCUCCAGACGGGAAUUGUGGCGGGGGUCCCUGUCGAGGACUACGCGCUGGGCGUCAUCAAGCGGCACGAGAAGACUCAGGUGAAGAAGGAAAACGACCGGACUAGGUUGACGCACGUGCAGAACGCCAACGCUGGCCCCGUGUUCCUCACCUACCGAACUAGCGAGACUGUGGACGAGAUUGUCGGCAGGAUGACGCGGGAAAACCCCGAGGUGCAGUUCAGAGCGGAAGACGGCACGGAGCACUCUGUGUGGGCCGUGAGGGACCCCGUCGACGUGUUCGCGAUACAGAGGGCGUUCGAGAGCGUCAAGACCACGUACAUCGCGGAUGGCCACCACCGCAGUGCGUCGGCGUUCAGGGUGGGUGAGAUGAAGAUCAAGGAGGCAGUUGCAAGGGGGGACGUGGUGACGGGAGAGGAGCCUUUUAACUUCUUCCUGGCGGUGCUGUUCCCCUCCAAUCAGCUGCUCUGCAUGGAGUACAACCGAGUCGUUCGUGACCUGGCGGGCUUUUCGGACGAGGAUUUUCUCGAGCGAGUGUCGGUAAACUUCGAGGUGUCCACGACGCCGGAGGGUUCGAAGGUGGAGCCCGGCCGCGUGAGGGAGAUGGCCAUGUGCCUGCGAGGGAGUUGGUACACGAUCCGAGCCAAGGACGGGACUUUCCCCGCGGAGGACCCCGUGAAGUCGCUCGACGUUCAGAUCCUGUACGACAACCUUCUCAACCCCGUCCUCAACAUCGGAAACCCCAGAGCAGACGAACGCAUCAAAUACGUUGGGGGAAUCCGAGGAUCUAACGAGCUGCAACGGCUGGUGACAAACCCGGUACCGGAAGAAGGGUCGUGGGCGGUGGCGUUCUGCAUGUUCCCGGUAUCGGUGGAUCAAGUCAUGAGGGUAGCGGACGCCGAUCAGCUCAUGCCCCCCAAGGCGACUUGGUUCGAGCCUAAGCUUAGGUCGGGGCUGGUCGUGCGCUCGCUGGAUUCGCUGGAGGAAACAAGAUAGCCGUAAUAGCGGGCGCCAUGCAGCAGUCGGUAGUUGGCUGUGGUCGUCAUUUGUUAGCACCGUGUGAAAGCGGGUAGUUGUUGUCGUCGACGUCGUCGUUGUCAGCAACGGCUUGGAAGAUGGCCGCCAGGCAUGCUACGGGUAGCCGUCAUGUUUUUUUAGGCGUUUCUAGUCGGGAGGUUUGGUGCUGUCGUCGUUGUUAGCAACGGCUUGAAGGUAGCCGCCAAGUUUGGAGGGCAUGCUAUGUAGGGUAUGACCGUCAAGGUGUCGUUUGGGUGGCCGGCUAUACCAAUGAGAUAGCCGCAGCCGGGCUAGACUGCCGGCAGAGGUUAUGGCAAAAGCGCUUGGACAAUAGCCCCCUAUGGAGAUGGCCGAUGGACUCGCCUCGACACUCGAACUUUUUCGAAACGCCUGCCCAUGUGACCGGCGUUGGAUGUCUCGCCCCAGAGGUGUCUCCAGUCACCAAGCCAAGCCUCCAAUAGGAUGGGUUCUUGCUCGAGACGAAUGGUAGUGCACGUAUCUCACCGCUUGCUACGGUCGGUGCAACCGUGUAUGGCCUCCAAGGGGCCGGAGAUGCUGGGCUGUGCACGCGUGUGGGGCGCGCCGUGACUAUUUCUCGUAUUCCUGCCUAGUCGAGGCAAUCGGGGCAGUCUUGGGGGUGUUUUUGCUAACUUUUCGCGGGCGCAGCGCAGCCCACUCAUGGAGCCGAGUCCUCCACAUCGCGCUUGAGCCUGUAUCGCCCUAGGUAUCGUUGU